AUGACCGCCCCAACGUCUGGCCCCGUCUGCCGGUUCAAAUUCACAAUCCUGCCCGAGUACUUUGUGGACUACUACAAGGUUGCCGAUGCCAGUCCAAAUGGGAAAGCAACGACGCAGCCAGGCCUCGGACUCCUCGACAUGCGCUUUGGAGAUGCAGCGGCUGAUGACGACGUAGUAGCCGAGGAUGAAGCCAGGCCCUGGGAGCGAUUCGCCUCUUACGUGAGGAAACUCAACGCUGAGAGCCCCGACGGCGUGAACUUCAAGGUCUUGUACUUGACUAGGCACGGGCUCGGGUAUCAUAAUGUUCAAGCAGCCAAGGUCGGGACGGCUGAGUGGGAUAGAUACUGGUCCCAUCUCGACGGCGACGGCGCCGUAACAUGGCUCGACGCGGCGCUCGUCGACACAGGCAUCCAGCAGGCAAAAGACCUGAGCACCUUCUGGGCGCGCGCAACCUCCACCACUGCCGAGGGUGAGGGCGUCCCCUUCCCGGAAUCCUUCUACACCAGCCCCCUCCGCCGAUGUCUCGAGACGAGCAACCUCGCCUUUGGGCCCCUCGUCGAACCCAAGGGCCAGUACUUCCGACCUCUUGUCAAGGAAGGGCUGAGGGAGCGCAUGACGGACCACACGUGCGACAAGAGGAGCUCGCGGAGCUGGAUCGAGAGUGCGUAUCCGCGGUAUCAUAUAGAGCCUGGCUUCACGGAGGAGGACCGGCUUUGGAAGGCGGAUCGGUUUGAGACGACGGAGGAGCACGUCGCGAGGAAGCAGCUUGUGCUAGAGGAGAUUUUCUCGACGGACGCGGCGCAGUUUGUGUCGUUGACGGUGCACUCGUAUGCUAUCUCGGCUAUAUUGAUGGUUGGUGGGCAGGAGGAGUUUAGGGUCAGGGAAGGGUCCUCGAUUGCUCUGCUGGUUCGCGGAGAGAAAGUAGGAAAUAGAUAG